GACGUCAGUCUAUGCAAGACUUUAAGAUUAAGAAUCUGUUAAAAGGUCUGGCCAUGUUCUAUUUCAUCUAGUUGAAGACAGGCUGAUUAGGCAUUAGAUGCUGACUUUUUAAUGGUGGAAGGGAUAUGUUUUCAACUUGAAAUGAUAGGAAAGACACUCACGGAUGUAGAUACAGUGUAUUGUAACUCUCAUUUCUAUGAUUUGUUAUGAACAGAACAACUUAAAAAUAUGUAUAAUUUGGUGUGCUGUUUGGUGUGCUGUUCAUAUAUGCUGUUGUCUCGAUUAUACUGUUGUUGUUGUCUGAAGUGUAAUUAAGCUUCUCCUUCACUCCUCGUGACACUGGUCAGCACACUGUAAUAAGGCUGGCAUAGACAACAGUGGGGUUGCACUCUGACAUGAAAACAAACACCACAUCCUGUUCAGAUGGAGAUUAGCAGAGAUGGAGAAAGCAGCCUCCAAAAUUAUGGGAUCAAAGUUGUGAAGCCAACAAGAGAAGAGAGCACUCCUGUGAAAUCACAAUUCAUAUUAUGACUUCAUAACCAUGUAUCCAAUGAUUCCAAUCCAUGGAAUGUUUCUCAAAAAGCUUUCGUGACUUUAGGCUUCUCAUUAUCGCAAGGGACUCCGGUUCCUCAGCUUCCUGAGUGAUGUUCAUCUGUAUUAAACAUGGAGGUAAGGCCAAAGUUAUAAAAUGCAUUCCGCUAGUGUCACAUUUGAUGUUUGCAGUGUUAGAAACUGUAUUUCACACCAUUUCUUUAUUCUCAUCCUAUCUCCUCACAGACAAUGAGCAGUUUCUGGCCAACACCAACUGCCCUGUGGUUCUCCUGCUGCAGUACAUGAGAGCUAAGAUGGGCCUGCCGGAGACAGAGCUGGUGGAUCUGUGUGAUGACCGUGGGGCUCUGAAGCUUCUCUUCCUGUCCCAGCAGCCUCAGGAGUGUGCCAGCCGACUACUUCCUCCCCGCUGCUCCCUCACAUUCUGCAUUGUGAAUCGAAACCCAAAGGAUGGUGCCUAUAUUUCCAUCACCCCCUUAGUGGCCAACCCAGACCCUGCAUUUCUGGAGACUCUGCAGACACAGACUGACAGCCUGGAGAGGGCUCGUCUCAGACAGCUCCGCUCUCAGGAGGACCGCAGAGCCACGGAGGCGCCCUCUCAGACCCAACCCACACAAACCGCUAAGGGCCGGGGUCGUGCGGUACAUAUGGACACCCCUGAUGAUGAACCCUCCAAUCGCCGGACUGGAGGCAGGAGGAGCAGGAACUGAAAGAACCUAUCAAUUUUACAAUAAUUGAUGUGCAUAUACAUUUUGAAAUGUAAUAAAGUGGACACUGAAUCUAUCUAAGUCUACGCCAGCCAAUGGUCAUUAGUGUUGAAUAAUACGGUAGAUCAAAAUAGAAAUCUGUUAUACAAUUGCUACGCUCCCAUGUCUAAUACACUUUAUGUUCUGAAAGGAAGAGAGUUUUAACAUGGUCCCUUGAAGUUAAGCGAUAGAUGAUGUCACCUUCUGCUUCUGUGAUUGGUGGGUAUGAAUACCUGUUCCUUACCAAGCUUUACCAGUUGGGAAAAUUGGAUGGAAAUGACUGAAUUGGGAUAAAUAUAUUUAGAAAGGGUGCGAAAUCGUGACUGAAGCUCUGACAUCAGUGUUUAUUUUCCAAGAGUAAGAGUUAUGUUAUGUUGUCUUUUAAUCUUGCUUUGCUCAACAGGUGUUGAGGUGUUGUUGCAAUAAUUAUGUGUCUUGCAAUAUGUUCAACAUGCACAAUUGACUUUUGAAGGCUUUAUCAGAAUUUCAUUUAUCUUGAAAUUAAUUUCCCUUGACCAGUGAGGGAUCUUAAAUUAGGGGUGGUAUGUUGGGGCUAUCUGCCAGAGGGACUGAAUGAGGGGUGUGACAGUGUUCUAUUCUCUUUUCUGAAGGUUUAUUUAGCCACCUCUGGUGGGUGGCCUGGCACUUUGAAACAGGAAGUUGUGGGUUAAAUGCCAGCAGGUGGUUCCUCCCAGUGUUUGUGGUGUACCAUCUUCUAAAUUAUGUACAAGGCCUGGGUCAGAUGGUUUUAAUAACAGAUAACUUCCCUUCCUAGAAUCACUGGAUUAUUUUCUUAAUGUAUGUCUGUGGGAGGCCUAAUAACGUUUGAGGAACAAAGGCCUUCGGGAUUUUGUGAUGAAGUUCCAUUUGAAGUUUAGUUUUCAUUUCAUUCAACUGGUUUUUACCCAAACUGAAACAAGUACCGUACUUGUUUGGUCCUUUCCAAAGUGAUUACCUCAAGAAAAGGAAGAAGGAGGCAUGUUAUAAGUAUUUGAAUAGGGCCACUGUGUCAGGCCAUACAACGGUGUCUUGCAGAUGGCCUAACCACUUGCUAAAUACUGUGAAGAAAAUAGGGAAGAAAGAGAAACAGCUGAGCUGUUCUUGUAAAAGGUUACAUUGAGAAUCUAGACAUCAUUUAGAAAGUGGAAUGCAACAUAAAAAAUAAAUUUUCCAUGCCAU